AUGCCCUAUCUCUUCGCCAUGAUUAAGCAUCUCGCAUCCAAGUGGAACUCAUCAAAUGACCUGAAAACGCCUACCGCGGCUCCCAAGUGCCCCGACAACAAAAGGAAUCCAGAGCCUAAGACAAAUCAGCCUGGGCAUCAGCUCUUAAGUAUUGAUCUAACUCUCGUAUCUCAUGUUGUCUACGGCAUAAACCUUAGGAAUCCCUGCCUUCGUCUUUCACAGUGGCUAUCUCCAUCAGAGGCGACAGAAAGUUUCUUCUCAAAAGAUAUUUGGUUGGCACCUCCACAGUUCUAUGAAAUAAGACGGCUUGAAAACUUUGCCUCUCUCUCUGACUUGCACAAAUUUUGUUUGGAUCGUGUAUUAGAAGGGGUGGAAAGAUGGCUGCCAAUCACAUUAGUAACUGCUGAUGGGAUGCUCCAGCUUCUACCAGGUGAUGACCUGUACUUAGAAGAUUCAAACUAUUUAGAAAAUUUUAUGUCUACUGAAAAAAAGAUUGAAGAAAUAAUGAAGGAAGGCAAAAAAUUCCAUCGAGUAGUGAUACGCAACCGCCAUCUUUAUGAUAUCCACGUGACUGUUCAGUCGAAGUAUAAACAUGUUUACCCUAAGAACUAUAUAGUUAGUAAGAGUCGUUUGUAGGUUGCUGCUUGUCUGUAAGUUGGCCUACUUGAAGUCUUCCUGAAUAAUGAGGGCUGACUAAAUUUGCUUGGAACUUAAAUGCGGUGUUUCCUGUUUCAAGGGUAUUAUGGAGCUCUUUUGCUUGUUUUAUUCUUUAAACCUUACAGUAUGCCACAGUUAUAAAGUAUUAAUGAUAUCGUUACCAAAACAAGAAAAAAAGCCACAAAGGUUCCCACUUCUGUAUUGUUUUAUUGACUCAAAAGUUUAAGUAAGAUAUUCUGUCGCCAUUGUUGUUCUGCUGUCCAGUGUAUCAGUACUUUCCCUGACGUGCCUUGGAAGUUGAUCUGUGCAUUUUUAGACUCUGCUGAAACUACAUGAAGGAUGUCGGAUAAGAUGGUGAACAGUAGACAAAGACAAUGACCUUCAGGUGAUAAUGUCAUAUCAUUGUUUUCCUGCUGUCUUUAGCUUAAUCAAUUUUUUUUUUUUUUGAGUUGGAGUUUCACUCUGUCGCCCAGACUGGAGUGCAGUGGCCGCUC